AUGGUUGGGUUUGCUACGUUUGUCAAGGCAUUGCCCCUUGUGGCAGCCAGCGCCCUCGCUGGCGUCACCUAUCCCCCCAUUCCUGAGGAUCUCACCACUCCUGUUCAGCAACGCCUCGCCGUGUAUGGUCCCAAUGCUGUCUCUGUCGGAUGGAAUACAUACGAGCAGCUGAACCAAAGCUGCGUGGUCUAUGGCACAUCCGCAGACAAGUUGUCUCAACGUUCAUGCUCAACUUCAUCGACAACAUAUACGACAUCGAGGACUUGGUCGAAUUUCGCGAUCCUCAAUGGCCUAGCGCCGGCGACGACCUACUAUUACAAGAUCGUAUCCACCAACUCUACCGUCGAUCACUUCCUCAGCCCGCGCACACCUGGUGAUAAGACGUCUUUCACCAUGAACGUUGUCAUUGACUUGGGCGUCUACGGCAAAGAUGGAUUCACUGUUGACAGCAAAAAGAAGGACACAAUCCCUGUCAUCGAGCCUGAGCUCAACCACACCACGAUCGGCCGUCUCGCCCAGACUGUUGACGACUACGAGAUUGUCAUUCAUCCCGGUGAUUUUGGCUACUCGGACGACUGGUAUCUGAAGUUCAAGAACAUCCUGCAAGGAAAGGAGGCAUACCAGGCGAUUCUGGAGCAGUUCUACGACCAACUCGCGCCCAUUGCAGGUCGCAAGCUCUACAUGGCGAGCCCCGGGAACCACGAAGCUGACUGCUCGGAGAUUCCAUACCUUCUGGAACUAUGCCCUGAGGGUCAGAAGAACUUCACCGACUUCAUGCACCGCUUCGAGAACACUAUGCCUCCAAGGCGCGAAAGCUAUCCAACCCCCCCAUUCUGGUAUUCUUUCGAUUAUGGCACGGCCCAUGUCGUUAUGAUCAACACUGAAACCGACUUCCCGGACGCGCCUGAUGGCACUGAUGGGUCCGCCAAGCUCGACAGCGGUCCUUUUGGAAAAUCCGGACAGCAACUCGAGUUCCUGAAGGCGGAUCUCGCCAGCGUCGAUCGCACCGUCACCCCCUGGGUUGUCGUCGCAGGACACCGCCCAUGGUACUCAACCGGUUCUGGAAACACUUGCGAUUCAUGCCAGGCCGCAUUUGAGAGUAUCUUCUACAAAUAUGGUGUGGAUUUGGGUGUCUUCGGUCACGUUCACAAUUCCCAGCGCUUCCUCCCAGUCGUCAACGGCACCGCGGAUCCAAAUGGAAUGAAGAACCCCAAGGCUCCGAUGUACAUCAUCGCAGGAGGUGCUGGAAAUAUUGAGGGACUAAGCAGCGUUGGUUCCAAGCCUGAUUACACCGAGUUUGCCUAUGCCGAUGAUUACAGCUAUGCUUCGAUCACCUUUGUUGAUGAGCAGAACUUGAAGGUGGAUUUCAUUAGCUCCUCAAGCGGUGAUAUUCUGGAUUCAAGUACUCUUUACAAGGAGCACAAUGUUCAAUUUGUGCAGCAGUAG